AAUUUCUCCACAAUAGAUAUUUUUACACUAUAUGAUUUCUUGUUAGUCAUUAUGUUUGCAUUCUAUAUAAAAUAAUCAUAACGUAACUAAGAGAAUGAAAAAGAAUGUAAGGAUUUUCAAAACUCCUAAUUAUUUGUUGCACCCCCGAAUCGAAAAUCCUGAAUCCGCCACUGAACAUAAGACAACAGAAAAGGAUGUUAGGCGAUUGUGUAAAGUCUGUUGGGCAUAUGUAUUACCAAUCACUCAUAUAUGAUGUUAUGUAUAUAUGUAUUAUCCUACAUAACAUGAUCGUUGAUGAGGUAGAACAGUAGAAGAACACAACUAAUUUCACCAAUAAUGCAUUUUUUUAAGUAUAAUUUAGUUUGUUAACUAUGUUACUGAAAAAACCUCAUAUGUUUCCUACCAAUAACUAAAUGUAGAUUAAAUCAUUCCACUAGUUAGUAUAAAAAAUAGGCUGACUGAAAUAACUAAACAAACUUUGAUUCAAUAAACUAUUAGGAAAAAAUCUCGUAAAACAACUGAUUAAAUCUAAACUAAACUAAAAUAGAUAGCAAGUUUGAAUUUAUAUUGAAAAAAAUAGGUGAAUCCGUAAUAAAGAUAACUUAAACCGAAAUAUAUUGAUCAAUACAUUAGUAAUUAAAAUAGAGUUUCAUGUUUCAGUCCCUAUUUAUAAAAGUGGAGUUUGGAAUAAAUUAGUGAAGUCCUCCAUGUAGUCCAUCUACUUUUGGCUCAGUGGCGUUUAAAGUUAUUGAUGCUUUCUUAUCUUUUAUUCUUAAUUUGCAUCUAAGUUAUUCUUGUAGUGAUCUUAUACCAAAAAACGCUUUGAGCACAACCAUUUCAAUCACCAUAACUAAUAUCUAUCCUCCCCCAUGGAUGAAUGCAUGCAACAAAAUUUGCUCAAUCCAACGCCACAAUCAGUACACGUCGACUUGAAGGAAAAAAUCUAUCAAGAAUCCAAGAAAAUAUGGCGAGUGGCAUUGCCUAGCAUCAUCUCAAGAGUUACUUCAUUUGGCACUAUAGUUGUCACUCAAUCUUUCAUUGGACACAUCAACUCUACCCAUCUUGCCGCCUAUGCUCUUGUCCAAACCCUCAUCGUCCGAUUCGUCAACGGAAUAGUGAUUGGGAUGUCGAGCGCAACUGAAACCCUGUGCGGGCAAGCCUAUGGCGCGAAGCAGCAUCACAUGAUGGGGAUCUUCCUGCAACGUUCGUGGCUGGUGGAUUUGGUCAGCCUAACCCUGUUCCUCCCCCUCUUCGUCUUCGCGACGCCUAUAUUCAUGGCGUUGGGGGAGGAUGAGGCCAUUGCUGCUUCGGCGGGGUACAUCUCCAUGUGGUUCAUCCCCUUCGUGUACAGCAUCGUCUUCGCCCUCACCAUCCAGAUGUACCUACAGGCGCAGCAGAAGAACAUGGUGGUGGCGUGGCUCUCCGCGGCCCAGCUGGCCGUCCACGUCCCCUUGUCUUGGCUCUUGGUCGCCAUCAUGGACUUUGGGGUGGCCGGGGCAAUGUGCGCGCUCUGUGUGUCGUCGUGGCUGGUCGUUGCGGGGGAGUUUGUUUACAUAUUUGGAGGGUGGUGCCACCAUUCUUGGACAGGAUUCACCAUGGCUGCUUUUCAUGACAUUAUUCCUGUCAUCAAGCUCUCUGUUUCCUCUGGUGUCAUGGUCUGUUUGGAGCUAUGGUACUAUGCCAUUUUGGUGUUGCUAGCCGGCUACAUGAAAAAUGCCCAAGUUUCAAUCUCUGCCUUCUCUAUAUGCCUGAACGUGAGCGGGUUGGAAUUCAUGAUCAGCAUGGGCAUGAUGGGUGCUGCAAUUGUGAGGGUGGCGAACGAGCUGGGCGCAGGUGACGCAGCGGCCACGAGGUUCUCGAUCAAGGUGGUGAUGGCCACAUCAGUGGUGAUAGGGGCGGUUUUCUGGAUCCUCUGCUUGAUUUUUGGCAGCAAACUGGGCUACUUGUUCACCCGGGACGAGGAUGUUGUCGUGGCGGUCGCCGACCUCUCUCUUUUGCUUGCCUUCUCCCUCUUGCUCAAUGCCAUGUAUCCCGUGCUCUCAGGUGUUGCGGUUGGAGCGGGGUUGCAGAGCAAAGUUGCGAUUAUUAGCUUCGUUUGUUUUUAUGCCAUUGGAUUGCCUAUUGGAGCUGUGCUUGGAUAUGUGGUUCAUCUCCAAGCAAAGGGGAUAUGGAUUGGGAUGAUGAGCGGAGUUGUGACCCAAACUCUUGCACUAUGUUACAUGACUUGUAAAACAGAGUGGGAUGAACAGGUUUUGAUAGCUUCAGCUCGUCUCAAGAGAUGGCACCUCAAAUCUGGAGAAGAAAAUCAACACCACAAUUCUGAUAAUCAUUCUUAGCCAUCCAACCCACAAAUCACUCUUUAUUCUUCUCAAUGCUUGUAUUUGAUUUUCUCUUUCAAUAAGAUGGCCUUUUAAUGAUUCACACAAUGAAUGUUGAGUGAGAUAGUAGAAGAUAUGCUUGCUACUGUUUGUUGUAGUUAUUGCAUUCACUCUAUAGAAAGACUAGUAUACAACAUUUCUGUAUAGGAAGACUAGUAUCUUGCGAUUCAGUGGGGUGAUAACAAAUUUGUAAACACAACUUACAAGAAAAUGAUACGCAGCGAUUAUAUUCUUAGUAGAUUAUAUGCUGGCAAA